AACUGAGGCAAAAUGCGGGAAUUUGCCUCGAUUUGCCUGUAGUGUGGGCCCAGGGUGAAAUUUACUUGCUAUUGUUGGCAGUGCCGAUGACAACACCGAUGUCAGAAAUCUUCAUUCCACAGUGUUUAAAGAUUCGCCACGUUGGAACCGGGUUCUUACAAUAAUUUUGUGGUUGAAGUUAAGAAUCUUUAGUAAUGACCGAUAUGCUCAUUUGUUAGUAAUUUUUUCUACUCUCAAGCCCGUGUCUUUAACCCGGUGUAGGUCAUCUGGGAAUUUCUUCAACUCUAUAUUGACCUACAAUUUGUACAUUAUUGAAUCUGUCAUAGCUUCAUAUUUAUAUAUAUUUUUAUUGAAAACAUGAAAGUUAAAGAAAUUGACAGAACAGUGAACACAGCUUGGUCGCCUGGUGACCAUCAUCCUAUCCUUUUAGCAGCAGGAACUGCUGCUCAGCAGCUUGAUGCUUCUUUCAAUACUAGUGCUUCACUAGAUAUACUUUCUUUAAAUUUGACUGAUCCAUCAUUAGAUUUAGAUGUAAAAUAUUCAGUGCCAAGCCAACAUAGGUAUCACAAAGUGGCAUGGGGUGGAGAAAGCCCUGGUGUAAUAGUUGGUGGUUGUGAUAAUGGUGUUAUUCAAAUGUACAAUGUUUCUAAGUUAAUGAAAAGGGAAGAUGGGUUGAUCGCCAAUCCAGAAAAACACACUGGUGCUGUCAAAGCUUUAGACUUCAAUCCUUUUCAAAAAAAUCUAUUAGCAACUGGUGCUUCGAACAGUGAAAUAUUUAUUUGGGACAUGAAUAAUACAUCAAUGCCUAUGAGCCCUGGUGUUAAAUCGCAACCUUUAGAAGAUAUAGCCUGGCUUGCUUGGAACAGACAAGUGCAACAUAUUUUGGCAUCAACAUUUCCUACCAGAAAUGUUGUUUGGGACCUCAGAAAAAAUGAACCUAUCAUUAAAUUGACUGAUACAACUACGAGGGUUAGAUGGAAAGUUGUAGCUUGGCAUCCUGAAGUUGCUACCCAGCUGUGCCUUGCGUCAGAGGAAGAUUCAAAUCCUGUAAUCCAGCUAUGGGAUCUCCGAUUUGCAACAUCUCCCUUGAAAACUUUUAAAGGGCAUACAAGAGGUGUUUUAUCUCUUGCCUGGUGUAAUCAGGAUCCUGACUUGUUAAUCAGCAGUGGGAAAGAUAAUAAAAUACUUUGUUGGAAUCCUAAUUCGAACAAUGCAGACGGUGAGGUUGUCUGUGAGAUCCCGAACAGCCAGCAGUGGAUAUUUGAAGUUAGCUGGUGCCCUAGAAACCCUUCUCUCAUCGCUAGCUCCAGCUGCGAUGGCCACACAAGUAUUUACUCAAUCACUGGCAGUCCUGCUACCCAGUUCGGAGGAAAGCUUGUGUCAUUUGGAAGUGACGGUGUUAAGCUACUUCAGGUUGAAGGUGAUGAAGGCUUGUUGUGCCAGGCUCGUGCAUUGUUGGAAAAGUUGGAGAGAAGUAACUUCGCUGAGAUUUGCCAGGGAAAAGAAGAUCCCAUUUGGAAUUACCUGGAGGCCAGCUUCAGCCCUCAGCCUCGUACUGCAAUAAGGGCUUUGCUAGGAUACAACAAAGAGUCUGCAAACAUUUCAUCUCGCAGAACCCCAACAGUAUUACAAAAUCACAAUGUGGAACAGAUUACUGAUCAGCUUUCUAAUUUAGGACAGGAGAAUUUUGAGGUUAAAAAUGAUAAUAAUUUAUCCAGUAAUGAACUACUUAACGGAGGAGAUUCAGUGUUCGAUAGAAUCUCGGCCGAGAGCUCUCCUAUCAAAAGUGCUCCUUUCACGAUAUCAGUUGGAAAUGAUGUUGACGGUCAAAUUUGUAAAGCAUUAUUGGCUGGAUCUAUUACCGAUGCUAUCAAUAUUUGUUUAAAUGAAGGAAAAACUGCAGAUGCUCUGAUUCUGGCAAGCACUGCUGGGCCUGAUGUUUUAGCUGAUACACAGAAGAAAUUUUUCCAAAAAAGAGAAGGAUACCUGUCACACAUUCUUAAUGCUUUAGUAACGGAAGAUUGGCUGCCUGUCGUGAAGCAGUGUGACAUCACCAGCUGGAAGGAAGCACUAUCCGCGCUUUUGAUCUAUUGCACUGAUGCGGCCUUGCCUGAUUUGUGUUUUCAGCUCGGUAAAAGGCUCGAAGAAGCAGGUAAUGAAUACUCGCUUUGUGCAGAAAUUUGUUACAUUGCCUCUGGAAACAUUGGGCCGCUUAUCAACAAGAGGUUGAGUGGUACAGCUGUCUCUGUUGCCAACAUACAGGAAAUGGUCGAGCUGGUGUUGGUAGCACAGGGUGUUUAUUCAAACCGAGGGCAGGUGUUUCCGAUUGAUGGAGAUGUUGCGAAAGUUAUCAGCCUCUAUUGCGAGCUCCUGUCCUCAGAAGGAGCCUUGGAAACUGCACUUCAAUACCUCAAGGAUUCAUCUGGCGAAGCUGUCAAUGACUUGAGGGAAAGACUCUACUAUGCGCUUUCUCUUAAAUCGCAUCCAUCUACAAAUUAUCAGCAACCACAACAGCCACAGCAGUAUGUGCCUCAACAAACAAUUGCUCAAACUAACAACCGUCGAGCAUCCACACCUUAUCAGAAUCAGAACAUUGUAAACUCACAGCCCUUGCCAGUGGGAUCAUUCGCGAAGCCUCCAUUGCCUGUCAAUUCUACAAUAUCACAAGCCCCAGUAGGGAUGCCACCUGUUCAGCAUUUACCACCCGCGCCUCAGCUGCCUGCUGCUCAUCAUAUCCCGCCGUUGCCCAGUGCUCCCCUUUCUGCUGCUCCUCAGCCGUCUGCUCAGACCUUCCCUCCUAAAUCUCAGGCUCCACCUCCACCACAAAUGCCGUUUGCCAGGAGCACGCCAUCUCCUCAAAUUCAAGGUCCUGCCACAACAACAAAGAAAUAUGUUGUCGAUCCUUCCGUGACUGGUGGAAACUUUGGCAACUAUGGAAGGAGCAGCAGUACCCUGCCUUAUCCUCAGAAUCAGUUCCCAUCAAAUCCAGGAUUCCAGCCUUUCCAACCACCUGGUUCCUCGACUUCUCAACCAUCUUACCAGAACCCUCCUUCAAAUACUUUCCAGCCUCCCGCUUCUACUCCCACUUUCCAGCCUUUUAAUCAGCCGCAGUUCCCUGCUGCCUCUUCUGGUUACCAGCAGUCCCCUUCUUCCACUUACCAACCUUCUAGUUUCCAGCAGGCUAAUAUUCUACAACCGAAUCAACAAAUCCUGAAGCCUCAAGCACCUCCACCUCCAACUGGACAAAUCUUAUCCGCUCAGAACGCAGCACCUUCAGGUUGGAAUGAUCCUCCUGCUCUCGCAGCAAAGUCGCAACCUUAUCAAACGCUAUACCUGAUGCUAGGAUGUAAUGAUAAUGAAGUAGACGUAAGUUGUUGUUGCAAUUUGCUGAAUGGUUUAAUGUGUUAUGGUGAGCCGGUGCCCGGGAUGUCGGCGGUCCACUCCGGCGUGAAGAUCCUCAAGUGCCACCUGCACCAGGUAGAGAGUGCCUGUUCGUGCUACAAUCUCCUCAAACCUCUUCCCGUCCUCCCUCCUGCCUUCCUCAUCGACUUCCAAUCUGAAUCCUCACUUUACCAGAAAGCGGAACCAAUAUCCCAGAGCCCUAUUACGCACCCUCUGUAUGGAUCUGCUCCACCACAACCAGCUCCCUUCCAGCCUCCACAGGCGUCCGGUUUCCAAUCACAGCAGCCUAGCAAUUUCCAACCGCAGCCACACCAACCAUUAGGGUUCCAACAACAACAGCAGCAGCAGCAGCCUGGCAAUUUCCAACAACAAAGUUUCCAGCCUCCAGCUCAAUCAUUCCAGCCGCCUCCAUCACAGUACAUGGGGCAGCAGCCCAUACAGACUAUGGGUGGAGGUUACGGAGACCCACCAGCUGCUGUUGCACCAGCCAGGGCCCCAGAACCGGUCAAGCAUAAGCCUCCUCUUCCUGAGAGGUACACACACAUACAGAGGACCCUGGAUGAUCUGAGGACAAAAUGUGUCCAAGCAGCACAAUCGAACCCGAUGAUGAAAAGAAAACUUGAUGAUGUGGGAAAGAAGUUAGAAGCCCUCUAUGAUAGCUUAAGAGAAGAAAAGCUGUCAGAUUCUACGAUACGAGGCCUACAAGACCUGACGAAAUGUAUAGAGACAGUGGACUACAACUCUGGAAUGGGUGAAAUCACUCGCUUGGCGUCAGGCGUCGACUUCACCCAAGUGGCCACCUUCAUGACCGGGCUCAAGAUACUUGUACAGGCUGCCCACCAGCUCAGGGUCAAUUAGCUCUACUGUCAAUCUUUAUUUAUAUUUUUUAAUGAAAUUAUAAAAGAGUAUAUAGACUGUAUAAAGUUUAGAAACAAUGUUAUAUUGUUUUGUAUGGAAUUUUAAAAUAAAAUUUUAAAUAAAAAAAAUUAAAAAGAUAUAAAGAAAAAAAAUAUAUAUAUAUAUAAAAUUAUAUUAUUGUGUUGUUUAUGUAAAUAUAACAUUAAAUAAAAAGGGUAAAUACUGCAGAUAGUGUUAGAAUUUGUGCAAUCAUUGUAUUUUAUUACCUGCAUUUGUAUUGUUAUUUUUGUUAAGUAUUAAUUGAUCACAGUAUUUUUUUCUCCUGUUUUAAGAUUUGCUUUAUGAAAACAAUUUAUCCUUGUGCUUAAGUGGUAUAAUAUCUAAACCUGUAACAUUGUUAAUAAUACAUUUUAUC